AUGUCUUCGCCGACCUCAGCAAACACCACGGACAUCGGUGGAAGAGUAUACAAACGUCGACCCGGCGCUUGCGAAACAUGCAAAGUACGAAAACGAAAAUGCAAUGGCGGUAGGCCGAGUUGCGACAAGUGCCUUUCAUCCGCCUCCUUCUGCUUCUACGUCACACCAAAGAAGAGGGGAAGAUCCAGUCAGAACACAGCUAAGCACAUCCGACCAGGCUUGAACGCGACAACCAGACAAAGUGCAUCAUUCGAUGAUUUCAACUUCACGUCACAGCAAUCCACAUCACCCCCUUCACCGACAGAUCACCUGAACUACUUUGGGCCCUCGUCAACUCAGUCAUCACUCUCAGGUGUAAAUAGGCUAUUGGAUCUUGGGCAAUUCCCGGCCCCGGUGACGACUGAAUCCCUUGAAGAACACUGGGGACCGUUGUCAGGUGGUCUACUGAACUCGCCUGAUGCUCUAGGAGCACAGAGCACGGAGAUCAUCGCCAGCCCAGUCUCUUCAGCAUUGGAUUAUUGUUGGAGCACGCAGCUCUUAUCUAAUGGCCAAAGCGUCUCUGGAUUCCAGGAGUUUGAUAGUGUUGCAUCGGCCGACUGGAGCCUUGAAACUCUGCAGACAACCACCGAUGAGAGCAUCAUCGACCAUUCUGUUCAUGGAGCAGUCUUGAUGGGGUUGAGAACUGAGGCUAACUGUUGCUGGCAGCUUUCACCGCAUCUGAACCAUAUCUACUCUGAAAUUCUGCGACUCUUUGAAGAGGUGGUUAUGAAAGGGAUGUCGGACCAUGUUACGAGUUCGAUAGUAUACGCCGCACUUUCUAUUGGUUGCUCAAUCUCGAUGCGACAAUCCUUCCCUUCCAAAGAGACAGAGUCGAACAUGAGAUGCUUUUAUAGCAAUGCCAUGGUGCAUGUCGAGAAACUGCACUCGUGUCCUCCAUCAGCUCUGAACUUCAAGGCACUGAUCACAAUGCUGACACUUCUCGUAAAGCUCGUGGCCUCAACCUUUUGGAAACCGGCAGACACUGAUUGGUUGCUCGGUGCUGCAGUUGCUUGCGCUCAAUCGUUGAGACUAAACAGCCUGGCAUGCCUCAAGAUAGUCUGCCAGACCAGUGAGGAAGUCGAAUUGUUGAACCACGCGUUUUGGUUGCUGUACAUAAUUGAAAAGCCUUUUCGGUUGCGCAACGGACAAGCUUCGGCUCUGAAUAAUGCUUACAUCGACCACGAGCCUAUGUCUCCCGAGAUCGGACCUAGGAGGCCGUCAAUGCAGACCUUUGGGGUUCGUUACCGUCUGGCUCAAUGCUGUGCCAGAAUAGCAGACGAAUUUGACAUACAGGAAGCUCUUUCCCGAUUGAGAGUUGACGUUUUCAAUGCACGAAGACCAGCACCCACCACGAUGUGGGACUCGAGAAUCGCCUCACCCAACAGCCCAAGUACGACGCCCUCUCAAGGGGACAUCUCAACAAGCCUGCUGUACUUUGAUCUGGUAGUGUGUGUCUGCGGAAGAUUUUCAGCCAGACCAUUGGGCGACUCAAUCUCUGAUAAGAUAGAACAAAAGGUUCUCGAGUCUGCCAUUGACAUUUUGAAGUUACUCGUCGAAGUUGAUCCUACCAAAGCCGGCACAAAUCAGAAUCUUGUACGCAUUGCCGUCAGCUCAUUCUGCCUAGUUGCAACUUUCAUUUCGAGGGCGAACGAGCGGGCCACAAUCUUCAGAUAUCUGGUUUCGACACUUGGGUUCUUCGCUCAGAUGACUGUUACUUCGCCACUCAUGACAUUGGGGAAGUUCAGCUCCGUGGUAGACUCCGUACAAAAAGCAAUUGAGAACAACGUUUGA